AUGAAGGUCUGGCUGUGGUCGGCGCUCUUCCUCCUCUCUGAUGGCCGCCGGUUGCAGGAUGAACACUACGAGCUGAAUCCCACCGCUACUUCUCGAAUGAUGAAGCGGUUUGGCCAAUACCUACCGAAGAUUGAAAAGAGCCUGCAACAGCAAUUUCUCUUCAGGAUGCCGCAGCGGUCACUUCAUGCUCGACCCUGGAUGCAAAACCAACAAUCACCUUUUUUGCAAAACUUUCAGCUGAUGCAGCGCGCUCAGAAUCUUGGGAAAUAUCGCUUCAGCACUGUGCGGCCGAAGAAGGGCUUCUCCCCGAACCUUUUGCUGGUCUCCAGACGGUUGAUGUCUACGAAGGAAGCACUGAAGUUUGGCAAGGUCUUCCGAGAUCAGAUGGCAAAAAGAGAGAUGAACAGCGCCAGACUCUUUCGCGAGGGCCGGGAGUAUAUGGGCUGCACCGCUGAACAGUUGAAAGAGUUCAAACGCCGCUUUCACUCUGGAUCUGACGGAGUCCUUUCAUAUCAAAAUCCCAAGUCUUCCUUCACCGCCAUGUACAUUGUCACAUCGGAGGGAGGGGACCACAACGGAGCCUUUGAGGGACUGGAAGGGGGAUCAAAGCAACAAGGCUUUUGGUCCAUGUGCGCCCGCUUGCUCCAAAUGAGCGAGCUCUACAAUGUGGUUUACAAACGUGUGGAAAAUCUGAACGAGGCCACCACCUUCGUUCACGAUGUGAAGAAGGGUGGACAUUUUGGAGAGGCCAUAAAACAUGUGACGAUCAGUGGCCACGGAAACCCCAGCACACUGGUCCUGGGAGAUGACCGCUUGACGAGUCGGGAGUUGGUAUCGAAGCACGACACAGACAGCAAGGACUUCCUGAAGGAGCUGAAGCCGGCAUUGAUCCACGAUGGGGAAGCCCGCUCUACUGUGUUUUUGGAUUCGUGUUCCACGGGGAAAACCCCACCAUCUGGCGACAAAUCCUUGGCUCAGCUGGUUGCAGAUACCUUGCCAGGAGUGGAAGUGCAUGCCUUUGAGGACCUCAUGUGGCCAAAAUGGAUCCAGCUCCGCAGCAACUUUGUGCAAGAUGCGAAGUUCCAGUGCAAAACAGAUAUCAGAGGCCAGGGAAAUCAGUGCCUGCGUGCCAGUGUCUUCAUGUCCAAGGACGUGUCCCAACCAUCUUUGCUUCAGAGGUCUGAAAAGCUGGCAUCUAAUUCCUCCGAUGAGGAGGAGUUUGUUUUCUAUGAUGGGGUGACUUUCUUCGCCGAUCCACAAAUGUGUGCUGAGUGGUGUGAAAUGAUUUCAGAAUGUCAUCUCUUUGAGUUUGUGGAUUUGAUCGAAGAUGAGACUAUUGAGAUGGGCCAGUGCACAUUGCGAGUGCGGGAUGUUGAUAUCGUUGAGACGGAGUCGACAGGUCUGACUGACAUUGAGGAGGACUUCGGCGAAGACUUUUCCAACAUGGAAGAACUUGACUGA